AUGGAUGAUUUGACUCUGCUUGCAGGAUUUCUGCGCGUAUCCGGUCUCGCGACUACGUUGACCACAUGGGGCGGCUCUCCGCUUUACCACAUUCCGGGAGUGAAUAUGGACGUCCUUUACCAGUUACGAACGAAGUGCAGUGGCAUCGGCUCCGAAAAAUGGCUGACGAACUGGGCGAGUGCAAUAAAUACCCCCGACCGUGAGUGUGCCAGCUACAGGUUUUCCUUCUACUGCGUCCGGGAGCUCCGUCGCUCCCAGGCCACCGAUCCUAGAGACAAGGUCUUUCGCCGCGUAUGGGUUUCUGAAGAAAUGUCUCCCCGCCGGAACCACUUCAAGGAUCCAGCCCGACUACACCCUGUCCGCAGAGGACGUAUACACGCUGACAGCGGCAGUGUUGCUGCAGGUGCUACCUGA